GCUGUCUGCACCGGGCUGUGUGGGGGGUGAGACAAGCUCCUCACUCAGCCAACACAGGGCGACCGGAUCUGAACGGACUGGACCGAACUGGAUGAUACUAGACUGUCCAGAACAGAACUUGGCAGUCAGAGGCUGAUUCCUGUGGGAGAGGAGAACAUCAGAGACAGCUUGUUUGGAGAGGAAGGUUGAGUGAGAGAGCUGCACACCCACGAAGGACUGAAGGGGUGACUGCAGGGUAGCGUGAUGGCAGGGUGGGGGCACUCCACCCCUCUCCCUCUUCUUCCUCUCCUUCUUGUUUUGGUGGGAAUCCUUAAUGUGGCUCAGGGCUCUGGCUACCUUUCUGGGUACCGCCAGAGGUCUCGCCUUCAGAGGGACCGCCACGCCCGCAACAUCCGACCCAACAUCAUUCUCAUCCUCACAGAUGAUCAGGACAUAGAACUGGGCUCAAUGCAGGCAAUGAACAAAACCCGGCAAAUCAUGGAGAAAGGCGGCACACAUUUCUCCAACGCCUUCUCCACUACACCCAUGUGCUGUCCUUCUCGCUCCUCCAUCCUGACGGGGAAGUAUGUGCACAACCACCACACCUACACCAACAAUGAGAACUGCUCCUCACCUUCCUGGCAGGCCCACCACGAGCCACACACCUUUGCAGUACAUCUAAACAACUCUGGCUACAGGACAGCUUUCUUUGGGAAGUAUCUGAAUGAGUACAAUGUCAGUCAGAAAAGCUGA